AUGACGGCAAAGAAGAAUCAGCCCUUGCAGAACGGAAGGGCCAAGACUCAGCUUUUCUUGAGGAGUGGCUGCUGGCUGGCCCCUAACUGGUCCCCAUGUGAUGCACAGGAGAACGUGCUGCAGCGUGUCCUGCAGCUGCCGGUGGUGAGCUCAACCUGUGAAAGCCUGCAGCGGACCUACAGCAGCACCAAAGAGAUCCACCCAAUUGUGGCCUCAGUGUGUGAGGUCUAUGAGCAGGGCGUGAAGGGUGCCAGCGCCUUGGCCAUGUGGAGCGUGGAGCCUGUGGUACGCAGGCUGGAGCCUCAGUUCUCUAUGGCCAACAAUUUGGCAUGUCGGGGCUUGGACCACCUGGAAGAGAAGAUACCGGCCCUUCAGUAUCCUGUUGAGAAGCUUGCCUCCAAACUGAAGGACACCAUCUCCACCCCCAUCCAAACUGCCAAGAGCACCAUCGGAUACUCCAUGGACAAGAUCCUGGGGCUGGCAGUGGGGGGCUAUGAGACGACCAAGACCACAGUGGAGACAACAGCAAGGUACACGAGGAGCAACUCAGUGAGCCAGAUGGCAGCCGCAGGGAUGGACACCGCCCUGGGUGGGCUGGAGAAGCUGAUGGAGUACCUGUUGCCAGAAGAGGAGGAGGAAGCAGAUCUGAAACCCAAGCAGACCUGUGGACCAGCAGCAAAGGUCUCCCAGCAGCAAUCCAGGACUUACAGGGCUCACAGUGCUCCCAGUACUCCCAGCAGUUCUCCCAGCACUCUGGGCCGGAUUGGAGCCCUGGUCAGCACCGCCUCUCACCGUGCUUACCAGCACACCGCCCAGAACCUCCAGCGUGCCAAAGCCAAAGGACAGGAACUGGUCGUCUGGAUCCCCAUCUUGGGCAGUCUGGCCAAGCCAAGCCCACCUGUGGUGCCACAGAGCCAUGGUGAGAGGCAGAGCACUGCGGGCAGCUGGAGACAGAGCAGGGCACCAGAGCAGAAGCAGGAGAAGGCAGAGAAGAAGGAGGACAGCCAUGCUGGUGAGGUAGGGAAAAAUGGAGAUAGCGGUGAGAUGGGGUCAUCCCAGAGCAUCAUCUUGAUCCCACCAUGUUCUCGCUCUCUUCUCCAACAAGCCAAAUCAAGGCACUUUCCUUCUGGCAUUCUCCCAGGGGCUGGGUGCAAUCCAAAGGACCCAGCAGUCAGCAUCUCUGGCUCAGUCCUCCUUAGGAGAAAAAGCUCUAAACUCCCAAACAGGGCUGCAACAGUCUCUGGGCCAAGCAGUGCUCCAAUUUCCAAAUCAGCACUUAGCUCCCAGUUGUUGGUUUGGGGUCUCAGCACAAAAUGUACUCCCACUGUGGCAGUGAACAGGAGGACCUUGGGUCUGGGGGAGGGCCCUGCUGACAGCACAUGGGCUGGAGGACUUUCCCUAGUGGUAGCAGUUCUGCUGGGACAUGGGGACAGGAAGCUGCAGGUCAGGGUCGGUGUACUUCACCUUCACUUGCAGCAGAAAUGUGAGGUCCCAGAGGGCUGGGGGGCUGCCAUAAGUGACUCUGUUUUCUGUCUGCAGGCAGGGGAUGGCCUCGGGCUGGUGGGCAGCGUGGCUCACAACCUGCAGAGUGCCUGUGCCUCUGGCAUCUCCAGCAUGAAGAAGGUCCCUGCUGUGGCCUGGGAUGUGGCAGAGGGGUUGAUUCUGUUCACACCCCGCAGGCUGUCCAGGGCCAUGGAGACGGUGGAUGCUCUGGGAGGGACACUCAUCAGUGCCCCUAAGCACCUGCUGGGCAGCCUGUACAGUUACGUGCCGCUCCGCAGGCAGUCCAAGGACGAGGCGGCAGCACGGGGCAGCAAGCCGGGUCCUGAGGCUGAGCAGAAGGAAGAGGAGGAGAGCAAGUCGGUGGGCACCAGCGCCGAGGAGAAGGCCCAGCUGAGGGGCGACUGGCGGCUGUACCGCGGCCACCACCCGCUGUCCUUCCUGGGCCUGGAGGACCCUCUCUUCAUACGCAGCAAUCUGUACCGCAGCUCAGCCCUGGAGCCCGAGGCUGUGCCGCGGAAAUCGGCCUUCAUGCCUUACAGCCGGCGCGUGAGCGAGGGCUCCUACCGCUUCAGCCCCGAGGCCAUGUACAGCCGGGCCUACUACGCCAACCUCUACAGCCCAGCCUUCAAGAAGGACUGACCCUGAGCAGGAGAACCUCGGCCCCAAACUGCCCCCAGCACGCUUCACCUUCACGUACCCACAGCCCACAUUGCCUGCUUACCCACAUCCCCAACCUGGCACGGAUACGGUUGUCCCUCUUGGGUUGUCCAUCUGUCCAUCCGUGGUUGAGGGUCCCUGCUCUGCUCCAGGCUCGGUGACAGCUGUGCCAGGGGUUGUCCCCUCCUUGGGGCCAAGAGGAGAAUAAAGGCAGCCCAAGGGGCUGCUGUUGGAGAAGUAGAUAGAGAAGAGGGGAUGAGUGAAGGAGAAGCAGUGAAGGAGAAAAAUGGACCAGCCAGCUCUGACACUGGGCCACCUGCUUUUCGUUAAACAGCAUCAGAUAGGUGAGGUACAGAGACUGAGAUGGAUCGGAGGGCAACACAACUAUCAAACAUCAUAGAACAACAUUGAAUCACCACAGAAUGGCUUGAGUUGGAAGUGACUUAAAGCCCAUCCAGUCCCACCCCCCUGCCAUGGGCUGGUUGCCCCAACUGCUCAGGCUGCCCAGAGACCCAUUCAACCCAGCCUUGAGAACCUCCAGGGAUGGGACACCCACAGCUCUGGACACCCUGGGUUCUCAUCCUUCUUUCCACAGUUUUGGGGUCAGAGACAAGACCAGAGCACCAGUACCCCAGCCUCCUGUAGGAAGGCCGCAUUUCCCACAACUUGUGAUUGUACCUGCUGCAGUAAUAAACCAUCACCCUUUGCAUAGUCUGCUUUACAAGAGCUGCCCACUGGCUACUGAGCCUUAAAGGGCUGGGAACACUGAGGGAGGGAGAGGACUCAGGGUGCAGAGGGCUUU